ACAGGUGACAGAAAAGUAGUUUGAUGUUUUUAGUUAAGAGAGUAUUUUUUAUAUUUUGAUGUUUUCAAAUUUAAAUUUUAACCGACACGACGUGGUGUUCAUUUACCAUUUUGCAAGAGGAAUUUUCGAGGGAACUUUGGGUAAAACGCGAGCAUAACCCACCUGUGAAAAUGUUUAAAAGAGACUGUCUUGCUGAAAAACUUCGUAGAGAAAAUGUGGAACAGUUUAAUACUCUAGUAAGAAUGCAUUUAUCGUUUGUAUUGGAUUUAAGCACCGAAGAAGAUGCUUUGUCGGAGAAAUCCAAACUAAGGAAAUGGAGUUUCAUUCCAUUUAACAAGAAAAGUAAGAUUUGUAGAGGUAUUAUGGAUGGUAUCCCCUUGACGCAGGAAGGAAUUUGUCAGGUAUAUCAAUUAAUCGAGUUUUUGAAGCAAGAACCAAAUAUAUCAACUGAAGGCAUAUUUAGACGUACCGGAUCUUUAGCAAGGCAACAGGAAUUAAAAAAUUUGUUAAAUCAAGGUGUUACCGUCUCCUUGGAAAAUAAUACUUAUUCAGUACACGAUUGUGCAUCUGUACUGAAAGGAUUCCUGGCCGAUUUACCUGAACCAUUACUUACUGAAGCUCAUUAUCCGGCUCACUGUCAAAUUGCUGAAUUAUGCGGUGUUUGUGAAAAUUCGGCGAUGGAAGCUAAACUUCUACAUGCUCUACAGCUGCUUUUGUUGCUACUUCCAUCCGAAAACAGAAUUUUGUUAAAGGAUGUGCUGGAUUUAUUACAUUACACUGCAUCGUACGAAAGGAAUAACAAAAUGUCAGCUGAUAGUUUAGCAACAUUAUUUACGCCACAUUUAUUGUGCCCACGCAAUUUGACACCGGAAAUACUGCACACUAACUCCCAAAUCCUUUCUAAUACUGUUUCAUUUAUGAUUACAAAUUCGUCAAAACUCUUUGAGCUACCUCCCAAGCUGGCAGUGGAUAUUAAAGCCUAUUACACUGAACAAGAACGGCGGAAACUGUCAUCUAGAAAUUGUAAUGAAUCACUUAGUGACAAUUUUGCUGCAAAUACAGUAUAUAGCUUUGUCGAUGUUGAACGUACAACCAAAGAAAAUCAGUCAAACCCAACUGAAACUGCGCUAGCACAACUGUAUGCGUACAUUCAAAGUCUCCCCGAGUCCUCCAAGAAGCAAAAGUUAAUAAAACAAUUUAACAAAGAAAAUGGUUAUGGAACUCCAUUGCAAGUAAUAAGAAGUUCUGUAGCUAACAAGAAUAAAAGUGUAGGUAGCUCAAUUAAGAAACAUAUUUUCCAAAGAAGCAUUGCCAAGGUUCACAAACGAAACGCAACACCCUUGCGUGCAUCCAGUGAAGAACUUUUAAACAGUCCUUUUCAAGGGGUGUUGGUUCGAGCUAAGCUAUUUUGUAAUAAAUGUGAUUCUAGUUCGGAUGAUGAGAACAUUUCAAAAAAAUUACAAACGCCUGUAUUAGAAGGGAAGCGUAGUAAUUCCGAUCCAAAUUUAUCAAUACAUAAAGAACGUGAAUGCAGCAUGUACGUAACAAGUACACCUGCAUGCGUUUCUAAACGUAUGUAUUCCGAACUAGUAUUUACACCCGAAGAACAAGGACGUAAGUCAAUGUCGCCAAUAACACAGUCAGCUCAACGAAUGUCAAAAGCUAUGCAGGAAACAAUGAUGACACCACGUAGUCGCAAGCCUGUGUUGCUAGUGUCCCGAACCAAUAUAAACAAUUUACCAAAGAUUACCACCAACGAGUGUUCAAUCGAUAGUAUAGAAGAAGAAUUAUCUGAUGCGUAUGUUACCUCAAACCCAAUGAGGAGAUCAAAGAGUGUUGAUCAAAUCAAAGAAGAUACUGAAGAUGGUGCCUCAUUAUCAUCCAGUUUCUGUAAAUACCUAGAACAUAGAGCAACGAGAUCACCGACGGACUCAAGUUUUACUAGCUGCGCAGAAGAUUAUUGCUCUGCGGAAAUGAGCGAUAACAAACUGAGCUCAUCUCUACUGCACUGUCUUAAUGGUUAUUCACCACCUCUAAUUGUCGAGUCAAAAGAACUAAUAUUACAACCCAAAGAAUUUGACGAUGAUGAAAAACCAAUAAUUUAUGAAACAUUUUUUUAAUACAGUAGCUUUAUUUUAGAACCUAACAGUAUUGAAAUUUCCGUUCAUUAAAUCUGUAAAUACUAA